CUCAUCCCUGGUGUGGGAUGACGUCAAAUUCAAGAUGGAUGGAAUCACGACUAGCGCGCAGAAAUCUACACAACAGUGAAUAAAGUCCCGGCUGUGUGGAGGAAAGCGCGUACUGACGACGGCCAGGCCAUGGAGAGCCUAAUGCAUUACAGCAAUCCCUCCCAUGCCCUCUCAGUGUUAGGGGUUUUGAAUGAGCAGCGCCUGAGGGGGCAGAUGUGUGAUGUUGUCCUGGUUGUGGCGGACCAGAGGUACCAGGCUCACAAGAGUGUUCUGGCUGCCAGCAGUGAGUAUUUCCAGUCCCUAUUCACACGGACGGACGCAGAGUCACUGAGAGUUGUAAACCUGGACUUUUGUGAGCCUGACGCCUUCGAGAUAGUUCUGAACUACAUUUACUCCUCCUCACUUUUUGUUGACAAAGGGAGCCUGGCGGCCAUUCAAGAGCUGGGCUACAGCCUUGGCAUCCCUUUCCUCACCAACAUUGUGUCGACACGGCCACAUGCAUCCUACUGUGUGUCUAGAAAAAGGCUUUCGUUCUCAGAAGGGGACGAGAACGACAUCCAGACAAGGAGCGUCAUUGUGUGUCGGGUCCGGAAUGACACAACCCAUCCUCCACGCUCAAAUUAUCAGAGAAAAACAUCAGAGAGAUCCUCAUCUCCCCGCUCUACUCGAGAGUCAGCUCAGCCUCCAUCAGAACGCAACUCAUAUGAAUCAGUAAGAAACUCUGAAUCCAUUAGCAGGAAAUCAUCUGAGCAGAGUGAAGUUGCUGAAAGGAAGUCCACCUACCCAUACACCUCCAUAUUAAAAGGGAAUUCGUCACACAUCACAUCUGUUAGGCCCCAGCUAACAUCAUCAGUGUCUUUCAGUGAUGCUGAAGUGCAGCACAUCAGGCUGCAGUCAGGCAUUGAUCAGGACACUAAAGAGGACAAUGAGGAGCAAGAGCCCCACUAUCACACCAAAGUGCCCUUUCAGGGUCAGGCCAGGGAGCCAAGCCAGACCAUCGACAGGAGCGGGCCGCUCAUAAAAAGCCUACUUCGAAGAUCACUAUCCAUGGACAGCCCCGUUCCAGUCUUCUCACCCACACUGGAGCUCAAGGAACUACAAAAUCGUGAGCAGUCAGUUGUUAAAAUAGUAUCAAAAGCCUCCGGGCCAGAAACAUCUGCUCACAAUGGCAAUUCAAAAAGAACAUCUCCCCUGGUUCUCAGGUCAAAGUACCCCAGCAGGUAUGAUGAAGAAACUCAGGUAGAAAGAGAAGUCAGCGUGAAAGCUGAGCCCAGCAGUCCACUCGCUGACCCCAUGGACAUUAUUCGAAUCACAGUUGGAGAUUCAUUGCCAGUCAAUCUUAAAGACUUGCAAACAAAUUAUGACCAAGGUUCCAGGCCAGACUUCAAUUCUUUUGGGAAAAGAAAGGACAGGCCAGACAACAGAAGGUACCCAUUCAAGAAGAGCAAACUAUUUAAGGAACAUACCCUCUCACUUGAUGAGAACAUGUCAAAAACAGUACCUCAGAGUGCCAGCAGCGACUCAAAUGAGAACAGUGAGGAGCCGCCCCAGAACAAGAUUUUCAAAUGCUGGAACUGUUUAAAAGUUUUCAGAUCCAGUGCUGGACUACAUCGCCAUGUAAAUAUGUAUCACAAUCCCGAAAAGCCGUAUGCUUGUGACAUCUGCCACAAGCGCUUCCAUACCAACUUCAAAGUGUGGACUCACUGCCAAACUCAGCAUGGUGUAGUACAAAACCCAGCCUCAUCAUCCAGCUCCUCUGUACUGGAUGAGAAAUUUCAAAAGAAGUUGAUAGAUAUUGUGCGUGAGAGGGAAAUAAAGAAAGCCUUGCUUUGGAAGUUAAAGAGGAAUAAACAGGGCUUGCAAUCUCCUGCGCUCACCAAAAAGAGAUCAAGGCCGAGCUUCAUAUGUCCUUACUGUGGGAAAGUAUUUGUGUUUCAAUCUCAGUACAGACAGCAUUUAAGGACACAUCCUGCUGAAAAAUCUGAGCAGGAGACAGCGAACGAGAGCAUCCUCUACCAGGAACAGGAUGAGAUCAUUCAACAGAAGGACACUGAUGCUGGUGUUUAUUCCUGUAAACUCUGUAACAUGAAGCUGUCUUCACUCUUUGAACAAGGCGACCAUGAGAGGGGAUGUCGACAUGCGACCGUAUGCCCCUACUGUGGCCUCCGCUUCUCAAGUCCAACAGUCAAGAAAGACCACGAGGCACACUGUAAGUACAAGAAACUGACGUGCCUGGAAUGCAUGCGGACAUUCAAGUCCUCCUUCAGCAUCUGGCGCCACCAGGUGGAGGUCCACAACCAAAACAUGAUGACUGUUAAAGACCACCUAAAGCAGCAAGAGAUCAACGAAGAGGAGUCUGAAAUGCUCAGAGAGGAGCAUUACAGUGAUGAGCCUCUAGCAACUGGGAGCUCAAGGGAAAACAUAAGUUACAGUGACUCCUCAGGUCCACCCAUGUAUGAUUCAGAAGACUCCUCAUCCUAUGUGCCUGAGGACCUGAGCAUGGGCCACCAUGGCAAGCUGGUAGUGAAGGAGGAGCCAUUAGAAGAGGCUGUGAGUGAGAGGGAAAACACAGAGACUGCCAAAACUGGGCCUGAGGAAGCCGGCGUGUGGCCAUGUGAGAAAUGCGGAAACCUUUUCAGCUCUCGCAAAGACCUGGAGCGCCACCAGGAGCUGCUAUGCCACAUCAAACCGUUCAUCUGUCACAUCUGCAACAAAGCCUUCAGGACCAACUUCCGCCUUUGGAGCCACUUCCAGUCCCACAUGUCAACUGCUAACGAACCUGGAGCCAAAGAGAUCGACAGACACCCCUCACCUCUGUCUCCCUCCCCUCCCACGACCCCUCAAAACUCUGAACGUCCCUCCCCACAGGCCUCCGUGCUCAAAUCCACCCAGACGGCGCCAGUCGCUGCAGCAAUGGCGGAGGAGUCCAGCAGCCCGGAGCCCUGUAGCUCAUCGGUAAGCAAGACGAAGAGGCCUGAACUAGAGCGGCAAUCCAGCAGCCACAGCCCUCUGUCCAGGUCCAACAGCAUGGAGAACCCAGGUGGCCCUCAGGAAUCAGACACACUCUUUUACCAUGCACCGUCUCUCUCUGCCCUGACGUUUAAGAGGCAGUACAUGUGUAAACUCUGUCACAGGACCUUCAAGACAGCCUUUAGUCUCUGGAGCCAUGAGCAGAGUCAUAGCCACAUGUAAGCAUCAGACAAGUUGCAGUAGUGCAUUUCUCAUGAGAGACUAUACUUAAUAUUAGAAUAAACACACCUCAGCCUACAAAAGGAAGACUUUGAAUGUAUAGCUUAUUUGCUUGCCUCCAAUGUCAUAUAUUAAAGUGGCCAUGUUCAUUAGAGGUGUAAACGUGAAUGUGCAAUCAAGUGCUAGAUUCCUCUGUGAGACGAGAUGAUUCUAAAUGGUUUAUUUUCCUUUUCAAAAUGACAUUUUAAACUACUUUUAGUUGUCUGCUUGUAUUUAUCUAUCUAGGUGUUUUGAGAAAACAAGGUACAGAGUUGCACCACAUUACUUCAGAUGUACCCCUUUUGAUUUGCAGGUGCAAUGAAGUACAACCUAUGUACAUUGUUUUCUCAGAGUGUGGAAAAAGUGCUUUAAAUUUCUGGAGGCUGCAGGUGAAGAAUAGUAGUGCUUUUGCUUUUGUAUCAGAUCUAUCUCUUGAUGUGAGUUACAUCCCUUAAGAUAAUAUUUGUGGCCUCAACAAUGUAUUCAAUAUGCACUUUGUUUAACAGUUGGAUUCUGUUAUAGGGGACAUAGUACACAAUGUUUGCUCGGAUCCUUUCACUAACUGAGGUUUUAGGCUGAGGAAGUAGAAAUGAUAAAUAGGCCCAAUAGUUUCUGUUUUGUUUCUUAGCAUUCUUUUGCAUUUGUUCUCAUAUUUGAGUUUCUUGUUGCCUUUGUUUGUGGAAUGGGCUGAUUAAAUUAAGACCCUCAGUAUAAUUAAGUUAUAUCACAUACUGUACAUCAAUCACAUCUCAUACAUGUUGUUAUAGACAUAGCAUUUCAGUAUGCAGACCUCGAUUGCUUACGGUCUUCAUUCAGUAAUUUAUAAUUGAAUUACUAGCCCAGUGAAUGUUGUUAUGCGUGUACAAAUGAACGAGACAGUGCAAUCAUCAGUCAUAAGAUUUGAAAUCUGUGUGGGGUUUUUUCCACAGGUAUAUGACUAAAACAUUUCUAAAUGUUACUGUAAACACACUUUGUAAAAGAUACUCAGACCAGCUUAGUUGUAAAAAUGGGGGCACUGACAGUGAAAAUAAUGGGCUGGGUCGGUUUGAUAGUAUCCUAAAUGCUAGAUAACAUCAUUCAAGUAUUUGGCUCAUUACAUCAGCUGCUAGAAAUCAAUCUGAAAUAUUUAUAGCAAGCAAAGCACACUGCAGCUUAGUAAUGCAAUUUAUGGUUCUAUUCAAAUAAUGAAUAUGAAAAAUAUAAAACAAAUUUGUGUAUAUUAGACAUGGUCACAGUGUCUGAAUCACUUAAGUCCGCCACCCCAGUGCAACACCAGUGUUAUGUAAAUACUCAUACUGAUAGAUUUUUGCAUUUAAACACAUUUGGUAAUUAACCAAGCUUUACGAUGCUUUGAUGGCCUUAUGCAACUUGAAAAAUAUUUUGUCAAUAUUAUUUUACAUAAAAGCACAAGAGAGUUUCAAAUGACUUAUGACUCAGGCUUUUCAAGGUGGUAAAGUCGAGAAGAGGGAGGCAUGAGAAAGCAAAUCUUUUAUUCUAUGAACGGUGAGUGUUCCUGCUUCCUAAAGAUUUAUUAUUAAAAGACUGUGUUUUGAUUGUAUUCCAGUUGUUUUACAAUUGUAUUCUUGUACAAGUAUAUACUUCUGCUUUGGCUUGAUGGAUUAGAACUUUGUCAUAAAUUAUUAUGAUCGCUACUAUUUGGGAGAUGUUGCAUUCAAAGAGUGCUCCACACAAACUAUGGGAAUUUGUUUUCCACUAAAUGAGCAACGCGAGCUGCAUUGUGAUGUUAAAUUCUUUGGAGAAAUUCUGUAUUCAUAAUAGUGCUCUUAAUUUCUUGUGAUAAAAGCUUUCUGAAAGUUUCACAGAAAUGAUUAGAAUUGUGUAUAUGGAAGUGUUUGUAUCCUCGAUUUUGUACCAAUUUUGUUAGUAAACAAAGGUUUUAUCUUUUUAGUAUUCCUGUGCUCUCACUGCAAUAAUGAAUAUUUGUAUCAGCAUUGGUUGCAUUAUUGUUGCUUUUGGAGACUUGCAGCUGUUUUGUGUUUAGGUUUUUCUACAGUUUUUGUGCUUCAUUUCUGUAAUAAAGAGUAACAAUGGAGUAUA